CGGUUAGAGCGACUUCCGGUGUUGGAGCGAGAAAGGGAACGGGACUUCCGGUCCAGCUGCUUUCUCUCUCCCUAAACAAGUCUUCACAACCCGACCGUCACGUGACAGGAGCCACUUCCGGUGCUGGGGGACUUCACUUCCGGUUUCGCUCUGCAUCCUCUCCGAGGCUCCUUGACAACGGGGGAAAAAGGAGAAUAAGAAUCAGAAGCGGCACCGGAAGUGGAGGGAAGCCGCUUCCGGUGGCGGAGGGGGGGCUCCGCGGCCCGUCUCUCUGUCGGAGGUCUGUCAACAUGACCGACCGAUCCGACAGCCUCCACUUCCAGUUUGACAACUACGGCGACGCCAUGCUGCAGAAGAUGGACAGGCUGAGGGAGGAGAACAAGUUCUGCGACGUCACCGUCCGCAUCGACGACCUCGAAGUCCACGGCCACAAAGUCGUCUUCGCCGCCGGCUCUCCUUUCCUAAGGGACCAGUUCUUGCUGAACGACUCCAGGGAAGUGAAGAUCUCCAUCUUGCAGAGCUCCGAAGUCGGGAGGCAGCUGCUGCUCUCCUGCUACAGCGGCGUCCUGGAGUUUCCCGAGAUGGAGCUGGUCAAUUACUUGACAGCGGCCAGCUUCCUUCAGAUGAGCCACAUUGUGGAGCGAUGCACGCAGGCCCUCUGGAAGUUCAUCCGGCCGAAGCAGCAGCAGCAACAGCAGCAGCCGCUUGAGGACAAAGGGAAGGGCGAGCGGCAGGCGAACUCCUCAGAGUCGAAGGUGAGUGGAGAGGAGGAGGAAGAAGAGGAUUCCUUGCAGCCGGACUCCCCUUGCAUCCAGCCCUCGGAGGACAGCAUGGACAUGGACGACAGCGACAUCCAGAUUGUGAAGGUGGAAUCCAUCGGGGAGGCCUCAGAGGUCAGAAACAAGAAGGACCAGAGUCCAUUUGUUUCCUCGGACCAGCAAAGCGCCCUCCAUUCCUCAGAGCCCCAGCACUCUCUCAUCAACUCUACGGUGGAGAACCGAGUGGGGGAGAUGGAGCAGAGCCAGCUUCACAACUAUGCUCUCUCAUAUGCCGGGGGUGAGAACCUCCUGGCGGCUUCCAAGGACAUGUUUGGCCCCAACAACCGGAGCGUGGACAAAGGCCUCCAGUGGCACCACCAGUGCCCCAAGUGCACCCGGGUCUUCCGGCACCUGGAGAACUACGCCAACCACUUGAAGAUGCACAAGCUCUUCAUGUGCCUCCUGUGCGGCAAGACCUUCACGCAGAAGGGCAACCUCCACCGGCACAUGCGGGUCCACGCUGGCAUCAAGCCCUUCCAGUGCAAGAUCUGCGGGAAGACCUUCUCACAGAAGUGCUCCCUGCAGGACCACCUCAACCUCCACAGUGGAGAUAAGCCCCACCGGUGCAACUACUGCGACAUGGUCUUCGCUCACAAGCCCGUCCUCCGCAAGCACCUCAAACAGCUCCACGGCAAGAACAGCUUCGACAAUGCCAACGAGCGGAACGUCCAGGACAUUGCGGUGGAUUUUGAUUCCUUCAGCUGCAGCUCAGGGGCGGACUCAAAAGGCUGCCCGCAAGCUGAUGGCAGCCAGGUGCUGGACGCGGGGAAGCUGGCUCAGGCGGUGCUGAGUUUACGGAACGAAAGCGCCUGUGUGAAUUAAAAUGGGUUCCAAAGGGGGCUUUCUGUCUCUCUCCUUUUGGGGCACUGGGACCGUAAGGAGGACCGUGGAAAGAUGCUUUGGGCAUUGAGCUUGGGGGCCAGUCCCAGAAGUCAGGGAGGGCUGGACCCAAAAUGGUAGCAGGUCUCUAGAUGUGACGUGGGAGGGAGUCACUGUGUUUGAGGAGUCUCAAGUGUCUUUCUCCCCUUGUGGAAAAGAACCCUGUGGGUAUAGGCCUCCCUCCGAUUAUCGGUGGUCUUGGCCAAACCCGAGUGUUGAAGGGUGGUUGGUGGGUGUCUCAGAGAAGCAGUUCUCUGCUCAAGGGCCAAGGGGGUAAAUAUGGGGAACACAUCCACCUGACCACAGAUGAGUUUUAAGCUAAUUAUAAAAGAAACCUGGACUUCUUGAAAGAAAGGAGAAAAAAGCACUGGAUCAUUGUAUGCUCUUGAUAUUUGAUAGUCUGUAUGCAACUUUUUAAUUUUGUACUGUUUGUUUAAAAACAUUGGGUACCAAUUGUCUGGUUCCUCUUACUCUAAAGCAGAGGGUGGGCAGAGUGUGGCCUCCUGUUUAACAUUAAUUUAAAAGGAAAAAAAAUACUGUGUUUUCAAAACCAGGAGUUGACUUCUGGCCACAUACAGGUUUUUACAGGGGGCAUUUUUUUGGUAGUCUCUGCAAUGGCUGGAGGGUCCUGGCCCAAAAAUACCGCCUUCCCCAAACCCAUCACAGUUGCCCACCCUUGCCUUAAAGUGACAGCCACCCCAACCUUUUUUGACCUUUUGUGAGUGAAGUCCCUUUCCUAAUUAAGACGGUUGAAGGCUGCUACUUUCAAAAGCCUGGCGAUGCUGGUAUUAUUUGGCCAACACUUUGGCUGAGCCACCUUUUCCCUAGAACCUUUUGUCUUCCAGAUGUUUUGGACUUCAACCCUUAGAAGCCCUGGCCAUUGGCCAUGCUGGCUAAGGCUUCACCAAAAUGGUGAAGUGCCUAGAAACCAUGCCCUAUGAGGAAAGACUUAGGGA